ACCGUUUGAGAUCAUCGUCCUGCUGACCAUCUUUGCCAACUGUGUGGCCUUGGCUGUGUAUCUACCCAUGCCUGAAGACGACAACAACGCUACCAACACCAGCCUGGUGAGAACCUACUGACCUGAUCUUCAGUGUGUGUGCGUGUUUGUGUGUGUAAAGCUGUUCUGAUUGUAACAUAAUUAUAACAUACACUGAGUAUACCAAACAGGUGACAUCAAUAAUGGAUCAUAGCUUUCACCUGGAUUCGCCUUGUCAGUUUAUGUCAUGGAAAGAGUAGGUGUUCUUAAUGUUUUGUAUACUCAGUGUACAUUUGCUAGAGCAUUUUAAAGCUGAUUGAUUUGGGGUAGUGUUGUUUUGGGAAGAGGCUAGAUUUCGUUUUUUUUCCAGUGGAGUGACGUCACAUCAACAUGCAAUAGUCAGAGGGUAUUUUGUGGCUGAUGGCAACUAAGGCAUGUUGAACAAAUGAUGGUCAUCAGUUGGACAACAACUGCUGUAUCCUUCUAUCCUUAGCUUAUGACUAGUAGGCUAAUACAUGUCAAAACUGCUUGAAAUCCAAGUAAUCUCCUUUAAAAUAAACAAAGUGUUUGGUCAUAGUCAGUUGGGAAUCUCUGUGCUUUCCCUUUUGAGUCAUUGUAAGGUCAGACUGUCCUGUCCAGCAGCUAACUGCUCCAGCUAUAGUACAUCAGCCCCUUGAGUCCCAUCCUCAUCCUCAACAUGCCUCCAGAGCUAAGUCAGUGCUAUACUUAGGACAUUGCCUUCUCACAAAAUGUGUAAACAUACUGAAAAGGAGGCAAGGGAAUCAGUGAGAGGGUUUUAGUUUACAUGCUGAAAGUUACAUUGAGGUUUUAUAUGUUCAGAAAAUGAGGUUGAGAUUUUGGAGCCUUGGUUUUUGACAGUGCCACACCAGCAUGCUAAAUGAGACUGUGACAUUCGUUUGGAUAUAGUCGCCCAUGACAGACUGUUAGCUGGAAAGAUUUGUUUCUGGGUUCCAAGAUUAGCCUGGAUGUGAUUUCCAUCCGCAUACACUGGACAACAGCCACUCAUCAUCUUAACACUGCUACGGUAUCAACUAGGCUGGGUGCCAGUCUGAACUGCUCUCUUGCCAGCUUAAAUCCAUAAGACAGGCACCCAGGCUAAGUACCAACAGCACCUAAUAAAAUAUCUGUAGAUCAGAUAUUUUGAAUAAAUUGAUCCCACUCUACAUAGCAGGUGACUCUUAAUGUCUCCAACGUUUAUCACACUCAGUGACUGUAAGGCAAGACAGGCAUUAGGCAGGUGUUAGCACUCCCUAGCCUGGUCUGAGGAACUGAGGAGCGUCCUGAGGCUUUAUAUUUAGACCUGUUCUCAGAGGUGUGCGUUGAUGUACUGUUGUGGGUGUGGGAGUACGGUGCAGGCCAUAGUUCUGAGUUGGAGGGUUAUACUUAUAUAUAACCUCACAACCCAGGGGGGUUUUACAUACACUCACCCCAUAAUUUAGGGGAUUUCUAAAGGAAUAUUUGAAAGUGAUAACUAGUCGAUGAUACUGGCGAGUGGCUAUAUCUGUAAGGAUUGUCUUCAAAGAUCAGAGACAGGCUUUCAGAUCAAGCACAGAACAUGCACUGUAAAAUAAAUCUAGUUGUUUCAACUCAUUAUUUUUAAGUAACUGGUUCCGUAGCCUUUUUUUCUGUUUACUCCACUUUCUGGUCCAAGUGUUACCUGAAUAACCCCAAAAAAUAUUGGCCAAACUUGAGAAAACUAUACUGUUCAGAAAUAUAAACGCAACAUGCAACAAUUUCAACAAUUUUACUGAGUUACAGUUCAUAUAAGGAAAUCAGUCAAUUGAAAUAAAUUCAUUAGGUCCUAAUCUAUGGAUUUCACAUGACUGGGAAUACAGAUAUGCAUCUGUUGGUCACAGAUACCUUAAAAAAAGGUAUGGGUGUGGAUCAGAAAACCAGUCAGUAUCUGGUGUGACCAUCAUUUGCCUCAUGCAGCGUGACACUUCUCCUUCGCAUAGAGUUGAUCAGGCUGUUGAUUGUGGCUUGUGGAAUGUUAUCCCACUCCUCUUCAAUGGCUGUGUGAAGUUGCUGGAUAAAGCGGCGGGAACUGUAACACGCUGUUGUAGAUGUCGAUCCAGGGCAUCCCAAACAUGCUCAAUGGGUGACAUGUCUGGGACAUUUUCAGCUUCCCGGAAUUGUGUACAGAUCCUUGCGACAUGGGGCCAUGCAUUAUCAUGCUGAAACAUGAGGUGAUGGUGGCGGAUGAAUACCACGACAAUGGGCCUCAGGAUCCUGUCAUGGUCUCUCUGUGCAUUCAAAUUGCCAUCGAUAAAAUGCAAUUGUGUUCAUUGACCAUAGCUUAUGCCUGCCCAUACCAUAACCCCACCGCCACCAUGGGGUGCUCUGUUCACAACGUUGACAUCAGCAAACAGCUCGCCCCAACACGACGCCAUACACGUGGUCUGCGGUUGUGAGGCCGGUUGAAGUUACUGCCAAAUUCUCUAAAACGACGUUGGAGGCGGCUUAUGGUAGAGAAUUUUUCUGGCAACAGCUCUGGUGGACAUUCCUGCAGUCAGCAUGCCAAUUGCAUGCUCCCUCGAAACUUGAGACAUCUGUUUUAGAGUGGCCUGCACAUUUUAGAGUGUCCAUUUAUUGUCCCCAGCACAAUGUGCACCUGUGUAAUUAUCAUGCUGUUUAAUCAGCUUCUUGACAUGCCACACCUGUCAAGUGGAUGAAUUAUCUUGACAAAGGAGAAAUUCUCACUAACAGGGAUGUAAACAAAUGUGUGCACAAAAUUAGAGAGAAAUAAGCUUUUGUGCAUAUUGAAAAUUUCUAGGAUCUUUUAUUUCAGCUCAUGUAACAUGGGACCAACACUUUACAUGUUGUGUUUAUGUUUUUGUUCAGUGUAGUUAUACACACAGACAGUGUUUUAACAUACAACGUUUUCAUCUUACAUAUUUGACACACGUUGGCAUACAUGAUUACAUUGUCCAUGUUCAUUUAUACAGUUAUUAAUAUUCAACAUGUCCUCACCUGGGAUUUGAACUUGCAAACUCUUGGUUCACGGUAUUCCAAUCUUACAGCUACGCCACCGUGUCUAUGUCAAUGACUGAUUUCACCUGUAUUACUACACUUUGCACUCCAAAGUAAAUCUCAACUCUGUUAAAAGUACACUCAAGAAAAACUAUUUUAUUUAUCAUAGUGAUUAAGGAGUUGCAUUAAAACAGAAUAAUAUGCCCCACCAACAUUAGACAACUGUACAGAAAACACUCAAAUGACUGAAAUAAGUAAAUUAAAUCAAUGAAGAGAGAAUGGUCAGAUUAACUGAUAAUUGACACCGGCAUGGUGGCGUAGCAGGAAGAUUGGAAUGCCGUGAACCAAGAGUUUGCGAGUUCAAAUCCCAGGUGAGGACAGGUUGAACAAUGAUUACUGUAUAAACUAAAUGUGUGUCAAAUAUAAACAUUGUAUGUUUAAAGCACUGUGUGUGUGUGUGUGUAACCAGUUGCACGGCCUUGUUUUAGUUGAGCAAACACAUCAUUUUAGUUUUUUGAAGUUGGAGCAAAGUUUAGGCCAACAAUUGUUUUUGUUCAGGUAACACUUGGACCAAAAAGUUCAGUAAACAAAAAAAGGCUGUGGAACCAGUUACUAAAUAAUUAUUAGUUGAAACGGUAACACUUUACUUGACACCCAGCGUCAUAACACAUUAUGACACGGUCAUAACCAUGUCAUAAUGUGGUCAUAACACUGUCAUGACCCAUACAUUUACACCUGUUGUGGCAUAUAUUGCGUUAUUUUAUGGCUGUCUAUGGCAGUCUAUGACCCUGAUAGACAGUCCUGACCUUAGGCACAACUCCUACUGUAUAGAAUGUUUAGCUGGAACACCCAGUGCACCAACUGCUACUUAGCGCCACAUAGCUAGCUAGCGCUCCCUUGUUCAGGAACCCUGUGCCUGGUUCUCCCUAGUUCUGCUUAAUUCUGGUUCCUCGUGGUUCUGCAACAAGAAAACUAGCCAUAGGUGCCUAUGCCAUGGUCCUGCUUGGCUCAGUUAGUAGAGCAUGAUGCUUGCAGCGCCAGGAUUGUGUGUUCGACUUCCGCUGGGGUCACCCAUACGGAAAGAAUUAUACAAGCACUACUGUAAAUUGUUUGGAUAAAAGCAUCUGCUAAAUGGAACUCUGUCAUGAUCCACGUUCCCUCUCCUUUCACCACAACAAAGUAAGACUACCAUGGCCAACAUAAAGUAUACGGUUGAUGUGUUGUCCAUCCAUAGGAUACACAACCAUCUCAUCACCCUAGAUUACAACCCCAGCAUGAUCCAUCUAGCCAUUCCUGUCAUUAGAUCUGAUUUGGCAUUAGAUCUCCUAAUGCUUCCAUGAUUAAUCCUGUAUGACUCGUCUCUCAGCUGGCCCUGCCUGGAGUCCCAGAUGGAUGAGCUUUACAGUUUUCUGACUGUUCCAAUACUACUUGAACCCAGGUCUGAAGCCCACCCGCCCUGGUUGUUAGAAGAAGUGGGUCGACAUGCAUUCACAGUCAGCAUCACCUCAUGGACGCACAGCACUGUCAUUGGAAACACUCAGUCAGAUACUUAUACAUACUGUCCUACUGUGUAAUUCACUUUAAAGUGUGUGUGUGUGUGUGUGUGUGUUGGUCCCACCUUUGCUGCUAUAACAGCCUCCAAUCUUCUAGGAAGGCUUUCCACUAGAUGUUGGAACAUUGUUUCGGGGACUUGCUUCCAUUCAGUCACAAGAGCAUUAGUGAGGUCAGGCACUGAAGUUUGGCGAUUAGGCCUGGCUCGCAGUCGGCGUUCCAAUUCAUGCCAAAGGUGUUCGAUGGGGUUGAGGUCAGGGCUCUGUGCAGGCCAGUCAAGUUCUUCCACACCGAUCUCGACAAACCAUUUCUGUAUGGACCUCGCUUUGUGCACAGGGGCAUUGUCAUGCUGAAACAGGAAAGGGCCUUCCCCAAACUGUUGCCACAAAGUUGGAAGCACAGAAUUGUCUAGAAUGUCAUUGUAUGCUGUAGCGUUAAGAUUUCCCUUCACUGGAACUAAGGGGCCUAGCCCGAACCAUGAAAAACAGCCCCAGACCAUUAUUCCUCCAUCAAACUUUACAGUUGGCACUAUGCAUUCGGGCAGGUAGCGUUCUCCUGGCAUCUGCCAAACUCAGAUUAGUCUGUCAGACUGCCAGAGAACGCGUUUCCACUGCUCCAGAGUCCAAUGGCGGCGAGCUUUACACCACUCCAGCCGACACUUGGCAAUGUGCAUGGUGAUCUUAGGCUUCUGUGCGGCUGCUCGGCCAUGGAAACGCAUUUCAUGAAGCUCCCGACGAACAGUUCUUGUGCUGACGUUGCUUCCAGAGGCAGUUUGGAACUCGCUUCAGCACUCAGCAGUCCCGUUCUGUGAGCUUGUGUGGCCUACCACUUCGCGGCUGAGCCGUUGUUGCUCCUAGACGUUUCCACUUCACAAUAACAGCACUUACAGUUGACCAGGCCAGCUCUAGCAGGGCAGGAAUUUGACAAACUGACUUGUUGGAAAGACUGAGGAGCGUGUGUCUGUCCUAACGACCACGGUGGUGUUAGUUUCAUUCUGUAGAAGGACAUUGGUUAUUGACGUCAUUUGACCGAUCAGAUCAACAGUACAUGCAAAUAGUUAAUCUGAGUAUUGACUACUAAUAAGUAUAAGCAGUGAAUAAGGAUGAUUAACUCUGAGCCAACUGCAAUGCUGCUAUUCGCAAGACAAUUAACUUUCCAAUAAUUCCAUUAUUUAUCCUUUAUUUAACCAGGACAUCCCAUUUGAGGUCAGAAGACCUCUUUCUCAAUGGAGACCUGGCCAAACUGUAACGCAAGCAGGGUUUAGUUCUGUGAUUGUUCUUCACUACACAUACAUAGCAGUCAUAUGUACAUACAGUGUGGAAAACAUUUAGAAUAGGUAUUUUAUCCAUCCAUUCGGUUUGUUUCAGUCAGGGGAACCAGGAAAUAACUGAACUCCUUGGAAGUGAUUUGUGAAGGAGGGAAUUGGCAACACAGAGAUGUAGGCCUAAAUGUAGUCUACAAAAAAUAGAUGUCGUAAAUGUAGUCUGUCAUGGUGCAGUUGUGUGUUCCACAAUUUCUCUGCCUGUCUGUUUUAACGACCACCACAGUGCGUGCGACCGGUUGGCUGAAAACAGUGUAUAGAGACAGAGGGACACCAUACAUGGUGCUGUUCUGUGUGUGUUCGCCUGCUCUUCCUGACAAUAUCAAUGCUAGAGCUAAUACCACAGGGAAUAAAAUGUUUAUUUGACUUAUCGUCAGUAACAUAAUCAGCUCAAAUGAAUGAUAAGUCAAAUACAUUUAUCUGUGUCCUUACUAACCUUUGAGCAAAACAUCAUACUUUUCCUCUGCAAACUGUUUAUGUGAGAGCUAGUAUGUUAGUAUAUGAGCCAGUGUGUGUGUGUAUCUGACAAAGCUCAGACAUCUGAACUACAAUGGCACCCAGUCUCACCAUACAUCCCGCUUACUGAGUCAGCGUCAUCCCUUUAAACCCUGUCUAGGCCCUGUCUAAUCAGAGCUGUCAUGAGAGAACAAGCUGGCAAAUGUAAUACCAUUAAAGCCUGUUUGAUUCUACAGCAGCCCAUGUGUCAAAGGUUUCAGUGACCCCAAUCAUUUUUCCUUAAAGGCCCACUCCUAUAUUCUUAUAUCAUUAAUGAAGAAGAAAAAAAACGCUCUAAAUAUCACAGAGUGGCCCUUGAAAUGCUUUUUAUCCUCUAUUAAACUAACUGCCAUCGAUAGGCCUUUUCUGGCAGAUGGGCUCUUUGCGUUUCUAAAAUGAGAGAUGUAAGACCAUGGAGUUGGGUAUCAAAUCUGAUCCCAACCUGUUGUGUGUGUACGUUGUGCGUGAGGUUUACAACUGUGACAGCAAAUAGAACAAAUUCCGUUGUCUCUUUAUAAUGGAUAAAUAAAGAUAAAGAGUUUUGUGAAGAGUCUCAUUGCCAAGGUUUUUGUGUAUUUUUCUUUCAGGAGAGUCUGGAGUAUAUCUUCCUGGUGAUCUUUACGUUAGAGUGCUUUCUGAAGAUAAUAGCGUACGGCUUUAUAUUCCACGAGGGAGCCUAUCUACGGAACGCUUGGAACUUACUGGACUUUGUCAUCGUCUUCAUGGGGUAAGACGAGCCCUAUGGAGGGUCCCCUAUGGAGCCAAUCAAGCUGGCACAGUAUGGUCGGGUCUGCACAACAGUGUAUAACUUUUUAUGCCAGUAGAUUAUAAAGGGGGCAUACAAUGCAUUAUAACCACACCAUAAUGCAUUAUGCUUGGCUUUAGUUGGCUUCAGGUAAAGUAUUACAGAGAAAGUCAAUUGUUUAGUAUCUCUGUGGUGUUCAGUUAGUUGUAUGCCACUCUAUAAUGUCCUAUGUAGCUGUUAUAAAGGUUUUCUGAAUGCAUAGAUAGUGAGCCUACAGUAAAGUAAUACCAGUUACUAAUUCUGUCUGUUGUUUUCCUCCCCCAGCCUCUUCACCAUCGCCCUGGACACCAUAAACUAUCUAGCAGGCAUUCAAAUGGAGAAAGGAGGAGGGUUCGAUAUGAAGGCCCUCCGAGCGUUCAGGGUGCUCAGGCCCCUACGUCUCGUAACAGGAGUCCCCAGUAAGAACCAACACAUCACUCAUACACGCACGCACAUACACACACACACACACACACACACACACACACACACACACACACACACACAUUGUUUGACGCUUCAGUUGUUUGAUUCUCCAGUGCAAUGUUUCGACCAAAAUAUCUUCGUCAGGCACAAAGUAGCGGGUCACAAUGUCAUCUCAUUCCAUUAUGUUUCAAAAUAUUGGUUUUAGCUUAGCGCACAUUUCUGUUUCUUUAACACACCAUUGGCUAAUAUUUAUGUUUUUUUUAUUGAAAUAGUACUGAGGUAGUGAGCUCCUCCCUGCUGUUCCCCUCCAGGCCUGCAGGUGGUGAUGAACUCUAUCCUGAAGGCCAUGCUUCCCCUGCUGCACAUCGGCCUGCUGGUCUUCUUCAUGGUCACCAUCUACGCCAUCGUAGGUCUGGAGCUCUUCAAGUGUAAGAUGCACAAGACCUGCUACUGGACCGGCACAGGUAAGCAAAAAGUAGUAGUUAGUAAAGAGUAUUUGAGGUAAAUCACUGACAUUGAGGACAAACAACUAUGACAACCAGGUAAUGUUUGGACAACCAGGUAGCUCUACUCUACUCUUCGGAUGGAGGUCCGAGUUGUAAACAAGGCACCACUAGCCUGGUUGCUAAUGUGUUAGUGCUGUAUAGCCAACUCUUACAAUGUAUUGUCGGCCAUAGGAGAUUGCUAUACAGCAGAUACUGAUCACGUCACCACACAUCAAAUUCUUUCACAAUGAAAAUGUUGUUGAGUCGCUCUCUGUCCUUUCCUCCAGAAUUCUGGAAUUGGAAUUGGGUUUACUUUCUGAAUUGAUUGGAAUUGAAAUCGAAUUGACCCCAACCCUGGUCACCACACAUCAACGUCUUUCACAAUGAAAAAUGUUGUUGUCUCUCUCUCUCCUCCAGACAUCAUGGCUACAUUAGAGAACGAGAGGCCCGCCCCCUGUGCCCAGGCCGGUAACGGGCGCCGCUGCCUCCUCAACGGGACAGAGUGUCGUUCAGGCUGGGCGGGGCCAAACUUCGGCAUCACCCACUUUGACAACUUUGGUUUCGCCAUGCUCACCGUCUUCCAGUCUAUCACUAUGGAGGGCUGGACCGAUGUGCUCUACUGGGUCAGUCUCCCCUCACCAUGAGAAGCAUCUGACAGCAGACUCACAGCAGGGUCCUGUGGCGUGCCAUUACCUGAGAGUUCCAUACAUCUAGGCACUUCACAGGACAUGAGAUGCAGUCAGGUGCCAGCACCCCACAGAAUCCUUCUGCGAUUCCGCAGACAGAUUAUUUUGCCUCCCAUUGACCUAAUUAAAGGCAGUGUAUUAGAAUAGAUGACCAGUCCAGCUUCGUCUUGGUGUAGCAAACAACCUACUGUAUUACUGUAGUGACACUGUAGUCGGUAGUAAUGUUGUGUUGUCCUUCAGGUGAAUGAGUGGCCCUGGCUCUACUUUGUGACUGUAUGACUGUAUGACAACUCAGUCCUGGGGAACCCAAGGGGUGCACAUUUUGGUUUUUUGCCCUAGCACUACACAGCUGAUUCAAAUAAUCAACCUGUCAUAAAUGUUUGAUUAUUUGAAUCAGCUGUGUAGUGCUAUGGCAAAAACCAAAAUGUGCACCCCUUGGGGUCCCCAGGACCGAGUUUGGGAAACACUUGUGUAUUAUGUUGUAGUGACGUUGUAGUAAUGCUGUAGUGAUGUUCUCCUGCAGGUGAACGAUGCCAUAGGGAACGAGUGGCCCUGGCUCUACUUCGUGACUCUGAUCCUAAUUGGAUCCUUCUUCGUACUCAAUCUGGUCCUGGGUGUUCUCAGUGGGUAUGAUCAUGUCCUCUACUCUACUCUACUCUACUCUACUCUACUCUACUCUACUCUACUCUACACUUUUAGAAAAAAAAUGCUAUCUAGAACCUAAAAGGGUUCUUCGGCUGUCCCCAUAGGAGAACCCUUUGAAGAAUCCUUCUUGGUUCCAGGUAGAACCAUUUUGGGUUCAAUGUAGAACCCUUUCUACAGAAGGUUCUACAUGGAACCCAAAAGCGUUCUCCUAUGUGGACAGCCGAAGAACCCUUUUGGAAUCCUUUUUUCUAAGAGUGUACUGUUCUUCUAGUAACCUUAUGGUGUAUUUCGUCAGAAAUUUUAUUCUCUAAUAUUCUCUACAGUACCUUUUUGUCCUCUUCCCUACACCCAGAGAGUUCACAAAGGAGAGAGAGAAGGCUAAGUCCCGAGGGGAGUUCCAGAAGUUGAGGGAGACCCAGCAGCUGGAUGAGGACCUGAAGGGCUACAUGGAGUGGAUCACUCAGGCUGAGGUCCUAGACAACGACCAGGAGGGGAAAGGUAGCUUCUGACACUGUCCAAUUGUACAUUGACUCUUGAGGGUGCCCGACAUCUCUUGGAGGUGUCCAACGUCUAAAUUGUUAUAGGGUGUCUGAUUUGUUCUGGGGGUUCCCAGGGGUUUGAGCAACAUAACAUUUAAAUUUUAGUCAUUUAGCAGACACUCUUAUCUAGAGCGACUUACAAAUGAGGGCAUUCAUCUUAAGAUAGCUAGAUGAGACAACCACAUUUCACAGUCAUAGUAAGUACAUUUUCCCUCAAUAAAUUAGUUAACAGCAAAGUCAGUGCUAGUGGGAAAAGGCAAGUGGGGUGGGGUGUGCCGUGGGGUUUAUUUAGAUACACUUCAAAGAGGUAGGGUUUCAGAAAUGUUCAGAAGAUGGGCAGGGACUCCGCUGUCCUGAUGUUAAGGGGAAGCUUGUUCCACUAUUGGGGUGCCAGGACAAAGAAGAGCUUUGACUGGGCAGAGUGGGAGCUGACCCCCUGUAGGGGUUGGAGGGCCAAGAGACCAGAGGUGGCAGAACGGAGUGCUCGGGUUGGGCUGUAGGGUGUCUUAAUGUUCCCCCUAAUAUUCUAUUUAUUCUUGGCAGGACUCCUGCCUUUGACGGAGGCAGACACAGACAGUCUGAUAGGGCUGGAGAGCGAGAGCCAGGUGGUGUACUACUAGUGAGUACAGAGAUAAAAACAUAAGCAAUACAUCAUUUAAAUGUAGUAUUUAUUUUACAGAUCAUAGACACGGUGACUGACCUUAGACCAUUCUCUCUACCUUCCUCACUCCACACUCCCUCUCCUUCUUCACUCUCCCUCAUUCUCUCCUUCUCUCCUCUCUCUCUCUCUCUCUCCUCUCCUCUCCUCUCUCUCUCCUCUCCUCUCCCUCUCCCUCUCCUCCUCCUCUCCUCUCCUCUCCUCUCCUCUCCUCUCCUCUCCUCUCCUCUCCUCUCCUAUCCUCUCUCUCCCUCCUUUCCCGCUCCCCCUCUCUCUCCUCUCCCUCUCUCCCCCUCUCAUCUCUCAUUUCUCCUCCCUCUUUCCUCUCUCUCUCUCAUCCCUCUCUCCCCAGUCGUCUGGCUCGUCGCUGGAACCGGUUCUUCAGGAUGAAGUGUCUCGUCUAUGUAAAAUCUAAGAAAUUCUAUUGGUCGGUGAUUCUGGUGGUCUUCCUAAACACUGUUGCCAUCGCUAGUGAACAUCACCACCAGUCAGACAUGCUUACUACUCUACAAGGUACACACACACACACACACACACACACACACACACAUACACUCAUGCAUGCAGGCAUGCACACACAUACACACACACUCAUACACACACUACUCUAUAAGGUCUGUUUUACACUCUUACUGAUGCUGCCAUUGACUAGUAAAUCUAGGAAGCAUGUUCUGCAUGGGCCCGAUUCAGAGUAAAGAUAAACUACCACAACUCAGGCUUUCGCUUAAAUCAUUAAUUGAUGUCAAUAAGAGACUUUCGCAAAAAUUUUGAGUUACACAGAUCUCAGGUCAGAAUAUCGGCACAUUAGCAUACACUAGUGUACUGUAUCUCAUUUCUGUUAUGUCUUUAUCUCUUUAUAUAUACUGUGACCUCUUUUACUUUUACUCACUGAUAUAUGGUGACUUUUUUUAGUUUACUGAUGUUACCCCCAUAGACAGAACCUGAGCCUCUAGUACAGAAAUAGCAGCUCUCAAACGUCUAAAAUACUGCUGUCUCAGGGUCAGUUCUUAGCACCCUGUCUUGCCUAUAAUGAAUGGAGGGGGUUUUACGCACAUCCAAAAUAAUAACAGGAACUGGACAAAAAGAAGGUCCAAUAUAUAUAUAUAUAUAUAUAUAGAAUAAUUGCCUGGCAACCGAGACUCCUUACUCUGGCCAAAUGUUACAUCAAGCCAACGGAACGUUAGUUUCUACUCCACAAUGAGUCUGGAUCUGAAUAACUCCCCGACCCUUCACCGAAUAUGAACACAUUCGGGCCCGUCUGAUUGGUCCAGAAACCGAUGGGUUGGGUCAGAGCCAAAACACACAUGGGUAAAGCGGCGGUUUGAAAAUGUGCCAUUGGAUUUGUUACUCUGAUUGGUUAGAGACGAUCCAAUCGCUGAUGACUUUGUUUUGUCUUUGGGUGCUUUGGGUGCUUGUUCCCAGCAGAAGUAUUUUCCGACUUGUUUGAAAAAGAUGACCAUCACUCACAAAUAAAUAUAACUUAGAUCAGUGGUGGCUGGUGGGAGGAGCUAUAGGAGGACAGGCUCAUUGUAAUGGCUCGAAUGGAAUUAAUGGAACGGUAUCAAACACAUCACAUAUAUGGAAACCACGUUUGACUCCGUUCCUUUGAUUCCAUUCCAGCCAUUACAAUGAGCCCGUCCUCCUAUAGCUCCUCCCACCAGCCUCCACUGACUUAGCUGUAUUAUUCUCUCAGGUGUCAGAUAGUGCCAACAUGGAUCAGUUCUUAGGGGCUUGUCUUGCCUAUCCCUGAUUUCUUAUUGGUUACCUAUUGCCUAUCCCUUUGUCCUCAUUGGUUCCUGUGUCCUUUCUCAGAUAAUGCCAACAAGGUGCUGCUGACCCUGUUUGCGUUGGAGAUGUUUGUGAAGAUGUACGCUCUGGGCCUGCUUCAAUACUUCUUGUCGCUGUUCAACCGAUUCGACUGCUUCGUGGUGAGUGUUGGCAUCCUCGAGAUCAUCCUGGUCACUGCUGACGUUAUGUCCCCUCUCGGCAUCUCUGUCCUCCGCUGCAUCCGCCUGCUGAGACUGCUCAAGGUCACCAAGUAAGUCACCUCACUGGAAGAGCAUUUAUUGACCAAACAUUUGCUAUUCUUGCAAGCCUUAUCAAAUCUUGAGCUAGCUAGCUAGGUAUAACCUUCCCUCAGAGAGAUAUAACAUUUGGUGACACAGCUGUUGGUAUGAUUUUGUGUUUGUUCCCUGGUGUCCUACAAUCAUUGAGCUUCGUCUCUGUGCUUUCUAAGUUUAAUGAGUCAACAAUAAAACAGCACUUGUCAAGCAUUGCAUUUGAAAUGACGAGAUCAACAAUAUGAUAUGAUGUCAGUAAUAUAGUCAUAAUCAAUGUAAUCAAACAUUUGAUAUAGGCUAGUAUCGCUACAGUGGCCCUAAGGGGCAAAGUAGCUUUUUAUUUUUGUGAGCACACUGUCAGUAAAUAUUGAAAGCUACUUUUCCCCUAAGUACCACUGUACAGUAUAUCUCUGAUAACAGCCCACUACUCUCUCCUCUCUCAGGUAUUGGACCUCCCUCAGUAACCUGGUUGCCUCCCUGCUAAACUCAGUCCGUUCCAUCGCCUCUCUGCUCCUCCUCCUCUUCCUCUUCAUCGUCAUCUUCUCCCUGCUGGGCAUGCAGGUGUUCGGGGGGAAGUUUAACUUCCCAGACCAGGAGAUCAGACGCAGUAACUUUGACAACUUCCCCCAUGCUCUCAUCAGUGUCUUCCAGGUAUUGUAGUUUCUAUUGUAGCACGAUGUGUUGACUGACUGAUGGACGGACGGAUUGAUUGAAUGGCUUCCUCCUCUUCUCUCAGGUUCUGACAGGAGAGGACUGGAACUCCAUCAUGUAUAAUGGUAUCAUGGCUUACGGUGGACCAGUCUUCCCUGGCAUCCUAGUCAGCAUCUACUUCAUCAUCCUCUUCACCUGUGGAAACUGUAUCCUUCACUUCACCAGUAAAGGACCAUACAUUGAAAUAGGUUCAGAAUAUUUAUUGAGGAAAUGGAGUGGAUGUGAGGGGAUUCAGGCAGAGAAUGAGAUGAAGCCAAGGGCUGUAGAUGAAUGAUCCAGGGGGUGGACCCUGGAGUGUUUGAGUCUCGGGUUGACAUCAUCAUCAUCAUAAUCAUCAGGCCGUGGUAGGUAGGCUGCUGUGGUGAUGGCAGUAACCCUCAGGAGAUCGGUUGUCACUAGUUACCACAGCCACAAAGUCAAAAUUGGCUAUAUCAUAAAAAUGUAUGAAAACAAAAUAUAACUUUCGUCUUAAUGUAAGGUUAGCAGUGUGGUUAAGGUUAGGUUCAAAAUCAGAUUUUAAGAAAAUAAAUUGUAGAACUAGGCAGGGGUUAGCCAUAAUUAUGACUUUGUGUCUGUGGUAACUAGUGACGAGCCAGGAGAUCCUUGGAAGAACCUAAGAGAAGGGAUGUAAAACUUGAUAAGGCUAGAAACGCACAGUGUCAUGCAAUGUGACAUGAACUACGGAACAAAGAGGAGGAAUGUUCGUUUGGUCAGGUUUAAGUAGUGGUGUACAGGUGUGGAGGCUGAUUGGCAAAGAGUAGCAGCUGGUGCUAGUUGAGUUGGAGCUGCACUCAAGGCAGCUAGUUUAAAGAGUUGUAUUCAAGUCAGUUCCACUCUCCUGAAUUUCAUUUCAUUAUUAACUCCAUCAAAUAGAACAGAGUACAGGGGUAGUCAUAAUGUCAUCAGUGUCCUGUGCAAAAUAAGUUACUUACGUAUACAUAAAGCAAGGUGCUGUUCAGGGCUAUUCUCAGAACCCAGAACCAAAUCUCCUGUGCACGCUGGCCAACUUGAUUAAUAUUUUUGUUACCGUCUGUCAGGAUAGACUAGUUUGUGACCUGUUUGGUUACAUAAAAGGGCUUGUUUUAUAGGAUGUAAAUAAUUGUAUAAUUACAAGGCUAGACUGUGGCAUAGCUAAGAGCAGACCAAAGUACAAGGCUGUUGUUUCCUGAGCGCUGUGUGAACAGACAUCCUCCUCAACGUGUUCCUGGCCAUCGCUGUUGACAACCUGGCAGAGGCAGAGAGCCUGACGGCCGCGCAGAAAGACAAAGCAGAGGAGAGGAAGAGGAGGAAACUGCUCAGGUAAACAAAACAACCCUCUUUCGACUCAACACAUUGGCACCUUAGCAGAAAGAGCUAAAUACAUUUGAGAUGUUAGCAGUGCUUGACUUGGACUGAAAUAGGUGCCAGUACUCAUUUUGGGUGCCAGUUUAUAUUUAGGUACGGGAGCUCCACAAUACUUUUGAGCUAAUAUUCUAUAGGGGGUGCAGGAACUCAAGCAGAAGAAAAUCUGUGGUGCUGGUACACAGUUGCGGUGAACUCCUGCCCAUGUCAAGUACUGGAUUUUAGCUGCUGUUUGCUCAACUUUCUCUAUCCUCCUUUAGCUUUAUCUUCCCUCCUUUCCUUUCUUAAUCUGCUGCUGUUAGCUAUACACCCUUUAUUACAACUAAAUGUUCCCCUAUUCUCCAUCUCUCCACCUGUUCCUACCAGGGCCAACAUGCCAGACAAGGCUGAUGAGGAGAAGGUUCUGCUGGCUAAGAAACUGGCUGAACAGAGGGCUAAGAUAGAGGGGAUUCCCACCACUGCUAAGGUUAGUUACUACUGACUCAAGAGUCAUCUAUCUGUACCGGGCAGGUUAAUGUAUGAGGUUAGUUAACUAACCCUAACAUUAACAAGUUGGCUGAACAGAGAACUAAGAUAGAGGGGAUUCCCAACACUGCUAAGGUCAGUCAGCAAAGAGGGCUACUGAGCCAACAGGAUCUAACACCACAUGUCUUGGUGCAGGGUUACAUUUCACUAUUUCAGUCCUGAACCAGGUGUUGAGAUGGCACUGAUAGCCUACUGUAUACUGUACCAUUAAGCUGUCAAUAUGCUAAUGCUGGGUCAAUGUGUGGUAUUUAGGUAGCUGUGUCUCUUGUAUUCUGAAUCUCUAUGUUUUAGCUGUUUAUAAACCUAUCUCAUUAUGUAUCCAUUGUUUUCAAUUCCAGCUGAAAGUAGAUGAGUUUGAAUCCAGCGUGAAUGAAGUGAAGGAUCCCUUCCCUCCUGCAGACUUCCCAGGUAGGUGGUAGGUCAGGCAAGGCUUCAGGAAUUAUCCCAACAUACACUACUAUACUAUCAUCUGAAUCUCACUUCUGCUAAUCGAACCGUUACAAAAAUAAGCAAUUGAAUCUAAAAGUCAAUAGCUAAUUGCAGUAGGAAAGCUACUGCUUGAUGUUGACAUCAUUACAUUGGAUUGAAUGACUAUCAGUGCUGCUAUCCUGGCCGCGGUACAGUCAGUAUAAGAAUAGCCCCACCUAAUAAUAAUUAUUAGUUGCUCAUCCCAAAGAUCAUCAUCUUUUAAGUCCAGUCUAUUUUCACACACUGUCCACUGCCUUAUAAAGGCUGUACUCCCACACGUUUUUGUUGUUAUCUAGCCAUUUUCCUGGCAUUGGAAAUAUGAGUAGUCUGAGGUUGUUGUACUCAUCUUCGACAGAGCAGUGAGCACAUCCUCUCUUUUCUCCCUGCUACAGUAGCCUGAUCCCAGAUCUGUUUGUGCUGUCUUGCCAACUUCAUUGUAAUGCCACUAACCAUAGGAGUUGGCAAGACAGCACAAACAGACUUGGAAUCAGACUAUUGCUACAGUAUGUCUUAUGUUUAUGAACCUAAAAGUGAUAUGGUUGUGUUUUUGUUUGAAGAGGAGCCCUUAUUUAAAAAAAUUAUCUGGUUAUAAAUUGAAUUACUUUAAUAAAAUAAAAUGGAUAGCACACCAUAAAAAAAAACAGUAAAUGAUGAAUUUACUGUAUAAUAAUUUAAUGACUGCCAACUACCAACUGUCCUAUCCACGACACCCUCUGUUCUAGGUGAUGACGAGGAGGAGGAGCCUGCUAUCCCUGAGAGCCCACGGCCUCGACCAAUGGCUGACCUCCAGCUGAAAGAGGAAGAGGUUCCAAUGCCUGAGACCUACUCCUUCUUUAUCUUCGGACCGGAGAACAAGUGAGUCCCACAGAUCAACACAGUCCCUAUUCAAUUAAAUUCAGGCCAACAACAAACCAUGGGUUGUAUCUGACAUAAAGUGUUAUUAGACAGCUAUUGAAAUCAUGUUUCAAUAAUAAGUUGGGCUUGUAUUCCCGUCGGAUGUUACAAUAACUAUGUAAGUUGAGGUUGUUGUCUUUUCUUUGUGUGUGUGUGUGUGUUCUCUCCUUGGUCAGGUUUCGUAAGCUGUGUCAUAGGAUCGUCAAUGCCACCCCCUUCACCAACUUCAUCCUGCUCUUCAUCCUCCUCAGUAGUAUAUCACUGGCCGCUGAGGACCCCAUUGACCCCAAGUCAUUCAGGAAUAAGGUGCUCAGGCUAUGUUCCACUAAGAAAUCUAAGUGUAGGGUGUCCACCUACUGCCCAGAGUGGGUGAAAACAUGCUUUGGUGAUGAAAUUUCACUUCCUUCUUUUAUAAAAUACAUUUUACCAAGACAAAUAUGAUUCUUCAUGUUCUGAAUUGUUCAGUGGGGUCUUUCUCUAACAUAUCAUUAACAUUAUAUCCAAAAAGUCCGAUUUUGUAACCUAACACAGUUGAUAAUAAGCACCGAGCACUGUUGACAGAGCGGCAACACUUUCUCGCAGCGACUUUUGAGGAUUUGACAUGUUGUGGUUGUCUGCAAAGUUGUUUCUGCAGGUCGCAAAAAGCAAAAUGAACAUGACACGAGCUGAAAGAAAUGUAUAGGCUUUGGAAAUAAAAAGCUUACAGUACGCUAAGUGCUACGUUGACAUUUCACAGAGAUACGCUUGUUUUUGUGAGAAAUCUUCUAAAAAUAACAAUAAUUUCACAUUAAUAUGAAAAGUGAAUACUAAUAUAUAAUAUAUAUUUUUGACCACUUUUUUUCUCUGGCCUCCAUUUAAUUAUUCACCCUAAUUUUGCCUACAAAGGUAAAAACUCCAAUAACUUUCGAAAGGAUUAUAAUCGAGACAUGAAGUUUAGACAAUUGGUUUUCUUAGAGGAGUAUCUAUACCAUUAACAUAUUAUUUUACCCAUAGGUCAAAAGAUGCGUUUUGAUUGGACAUCCUACUAAGUGGUGUCUUCUAAUGUGUUUCAGUCAGACACAUCAAAUAAAAUACAAUUUUAAAUAAAGGGCCCUUCAAAACAACACAUCAAUAAAAUGUUCAUAAAAGGACAAUCAAAUCAGAUUUUAAAUAAAGUGUAUGUAAAACACAAAAAAACUUUACAUAAAAGGACAAACAGUGUAAAGCAGGGGUUCUCAAUCUUGUUGGGGCCGGGGACCCCUUUUGUGAUAGCAAAUUCAUCAGGUUUCCUCAUAAUCAGAACACAACUCGAGUUAGAUACAAAUAUCAGACAAGGAGUUUUACUAUGACCAUGGCAGUGCAUGGCCGGACAAGUCUUUUAAAGGCCAAUGUCUUAGCAUCGGAGAGAAAAUGUUCAAGCUAAUUUCCUGCAAUUCUACACAUUUUGUCAUGGGGCAGAGAGAAAUAUUUCCUGUUUUAAAGCUUAAAUUAUAGUAAUUCAUGUAAAAAAAUAUAUAAUAUUGAGUUGAAAAAAUUAUAAUUGGUGGAAUACUGUGGAUACCAAUAUCCCUGUGAGCCUCCCAGGCACAUGUUUCCCAGGGUUAAGAACAUAAAUUGUAGAUGAGUAAUAUUACAUUGUAUUUAAACAUAUUCCAUGGAUCCCUCAGCCAAAAGUUGUUUAAUCUGUUAGUAAUAUUCAUAAAAAUAUAUAUUGAGAUCUGGCUGCAGACCCCCUGCAGUACCUCGGACUCCCCUUUGAGAACCCCUGGUGUAAUGUACGCUUUAUGAAUGACUUCACUAUGCAAAGAUAACUCAAUCAACCCUCUCUUUUCUGCAGGUUUUGGCUUAUGCUGAUAUCAUCUUCACCACUGUGUUCACCAUUGAGAUUGUGCUGAAGGUAAAGUGGUCUAAAUUCUUAUUGGAUGAAAUUGUAUAAUAUUUACGACAUUACCCUGGUGACAGUUAGUGUACCCAAGUGUUUCCCCCUUCCAGAUGACGGUGUACGGAGCCUUCCUACAUCCAGGCUCUUUCUGCCGUAACUCCUUCAACAUGCUGGACCUGCUGGUGGUGGCCGUGUCUCUGUUGUCCAUGGGAAUGGAGUGAGUGGAGCAAUGUUGCUAUCCUGAUGGAUGAUAGUGAAUAUAUAGUGUUACUGUAUUAUUCUUGUGGAUAUACACAGAGUUGACAAAACAUUAGAAACACCUGCUCUUUGCAUGACAUAGACUGACCAGGUGAAUCCAGGUGAAAGCUAUGAUCCCUUAUUGAUGUCAUCUGUUAAAUCCACUUCAAUCACUGUGGGAAGUAUUGCCGUCAACAUGGGCCAGCAUCCCUGUGGAACGCUUUUGACACCUUGUAGAGUACAUGCCCCGACGAAUUGAGUCUGUUCUGAAAAAAGGGGGUGCAACUCAAUAUUAGCAAGGUGUUCAUAAUGUUUUGUACACUCAGUGUAGUUCUUUGUCUGAGUGGUGCUGUAGAGAUACAAUAGAGUGCUGUAGAGAUACAAUAGAGCUCUGUAGAGAUACAAUAGAGCGCUGUAGAGAUACAAUAGAGUGCUGUAGAGAUACAAUAGAGCGCAAUAGAGAUAAAAUAGAGCGCAAUAGAGAUACAAUAGAGCACUGUAGAGGUACAAUAGAGCGCUGUAGAGAUACAAUAGAGUGCUGUAGAGAUACAAUAGAGUGCUGUAGAGAUACAAUAGAGCGCAGUAGAGAUACAAUAGAGCGCUGUAGAGAUAUAAUAGAGCGCAAUAGAGAUACAAUAGAGUACAAUAGAGAUGCAAUAGAGUGCAAUAAAGAUACAAUAGAGCGCUGUGGAGAUACAAUAGAGUGCUGUAGAGAUACAAUAGUGCGCAAUAGAGAUAAAAUAGAGCGCAAUCGAGAUAAAAUAGAGCGCUGUAGAGAUACAAUAGAGCGCAAUAGAGAGACAAUAGAGCGCUGUAGAGAUACAAUAGAGCGCUGCAGAGAUACAAUAGAGCGCAAUAGAGAGACAAUAGAGCGCUGUAGAGAUACAAUAGAGCGCAGUAGAGAUACAAGUGUACAUACAUUACAUCAUUUCAACCAGCUUUUCCUGCUGGGAUGAGCAUAUUGUUAAGGCUGUUGUGUGUCUGUCGUGGGUCUGUAGGUCCAGUGCCAUCUCAGUGGUGAAGAUUCUCAGGGUGUUGAGGGUGCUGAGGCCUCUAAGGGCAAUCAACCGAGCCAAGGGCCUGAAGGUACUGUACACCACAUACACACACACACGUAUUUCUAUACAAAUGCAUUGUCACACAGCUGGUGAUCUGACCUGUAUGUGUAUUAUUUUUUUACAGCAUGUGGUCCAGUGUGUGUUUGUAGCCAUCAAAACCAUCGGCAACAUCGUCCUGGUCACCAUGCUGCUAGACUUCAUGUUCUCCUGCAUAGGGGUCCAGCUCUUCAAGGUACGGUUCAAACUGUAUGUUGUAGCUAUAUGCAAUAGCUCACAUAUGACACUGAGAACAGCAUGGUCAUAGACAGCUCAGUGGCUUUAUUAUGAUUUAUAAUAUGCUAGACUGCUAAGGGGUCCAGCUCCUCAAUGUGAGAUUGAAUAAUGUAUGUACAGUAGUAGCUCUAUUACAUAACACUUGAGGUCAAAGCCAGCUCAGUGGUUAGGGUUGUGGUUGGGGCUAGGGUUGAACGGGGAUGUGGACAUGAAGCUAGGGUUAGGGUUGAACGGGGAUGUGGACAUGAAGCUAGGGUUAGGGUUGUGGUUAAGUCUAGGGUUAGGGUUGUGGUUGGGGCUAGGGUUAGGGUUAAGGGUAAGGGUUGUUAGUAAUCAUAUUUCAAAUUACUCUAAAUAUGUAGUGGGAACUGUAAAGGUUGUGUAUUACUUUAUGUAACUUAGCUCAUGAUUCUGUUGUGUUCUCCUCCAGGGUAAAUUCUACACUUGCUCAGACCCCUCCAAAAUGACGGAGGUCACGUGCCAGUAAGACACUUUUAUUAUCAGUCUCUUUAACUGUCCCUUAUUCAUUCCAUUGGGCAUUAUCUGAAAAAAAUAUGAAUUCCUCACUUUUCUCCAACCCCAUUCUCUCCUCCCAUCCUCCUCUCCCUCUUUCUCGUUUCCUUCCCUUCCCUCUCCGCCCUCCCUUUCUCUCUCAAUUCAAUCCAACUUCAUUGACAUAGCACUUAUAUUGUCAAAGUAAACAUAUAACACUGAUGGUCUAAUACCGCAUCUCUCCCCCCAGGGGUAUGUUCCUGAAGCACCAGGAGAAUAGUCUUCAGGAGAUGGUGUUGGCCCCCAGGGAGUGGAUCAACAGUGACUUUAACUUUGACAACGUCCUCAACGGCAUGCUGGCUCUGUUCACCGUGUCCACGUUCGAAGGGUGGCCACAGUGAGUUACCCAGCCUGGAAGCCGAACUGGCUGAAUCAGGGUUGGGGCUCAAUUCCAUUUCAACUCAAUUCAAUUCAGGAACUGAAAUGGAAAUUGAAAUUCUCCAUGAUGGUUUUCUAUGAAGAACGUUUAGAAAUUGGAAUUACAGUUCACUUCCUGAAUUGACAGAGUUGAAAUGGAAUUGACCACAACUCUCGUAUGAGUGUCACUGUUUCACUGUUGUUUCACUGUGCUGAUUCAGCCUGGAACUGGACAUGUCUUCAUUGUAUUGAAUGGUUCCAGGCUAGAUCAGUGAAGUGAAACAGUAGUGAGACGGAGCGAUAUUCAGUUUGGAUUCUAGGCUAGGUACAGCAAGACAUAUAGCCAUAAUUAAAUGUAUCCCUCUUUCAAGUUCCUCUAACAAGGGAAGUAUUUUUUUACUCUCUUUCUCUUUCCUUUUAUAAUUCUCCUUUUAUCUCUUGCUCUUUUUUUUUCUCUCUCUCUCUCUCUCUCUCUCUGGAUCCUUUGUUCCCUCCCUCCCUCCCUCCCCUCUCCCAGGCUGUUGUAUAAGGCCAUAGACUCAGACAGGGAGGAUAUGGGCCCAGUCUACAACAACCGUGUGGAUAUCUCCAUCUUCUUCAUCGUCUACCUCAUCCUCAUCGCCUUCUUCAUGAUGAACAUCUUCGUCGGCUUCGUCAUCGUCACCUUCCAGGAGCAGGGAGAGUCUGAGUAUAAGAACUGUGAGCUCGACAAGAACCAGGUAAGCUGACUAAGCAUAUUGAUGUCUUCUAAAGUCUUAACUCUUUAUGAUCGACAGCCUGUAGGAAACACAAGGCUUUACAUCGCAGAGUAUUCUUAUCUGCAAGUAUUCUCUUUGAGAUCUGUGUGUUUGACAGAAAUGUCCAUGUAAAUAUUCCAUGCACUGCUCAAUGCAUGAUUUGUGUGAAAAUCCAAGUUACGUCUCCACAUCUCAAGUUAGCAUUUGUCCUAUUACUAUUUAACAGAUACUGGGCUUUACUUCCAAUAUCUUCUCUCUCCUCAGCGUCAGUGUGUGCAGUAUGCUCUGAAGGCCAAGCCUCUGCGGUGCUACAUCCCUAAGAACCACUAUCAGUACAAUGUGUGGUACAUAGUCACCUCCUGCUACUUUGAGUAUGCCAUGUUCUUCCUCAUCAUGCUCAAUACACUGUGUCUCGGCAUGCAGGUAAAUCUAGAACACAUCCAUUCUAUUCUAUUCGUUCUCAACACACUGACUGCCCAAUUCUGAUCUUUUUUCCACUAAUUGGUCUUUUGUCUCUUUGUUUCUAAUGGCAGAUAUUUUGGAUGUAUUGUAUAGUCAAACUGCUGUUAUGCUAUUUCCUCAAUGGGUUUGUUGUGAAUUUCCACCAUGCAGCACUGUAACCAGUCAGACCAUGUGACCAAGCUGUCUGACACUUUGAACAUGAUCUUCACUGUCCUCUUCACCGUGGAGAUGAUCCUCAAACUCAUGGCCUUCAAAGCUAAGGUAGGGUUAGGGGCAGGCCAGGCUCUGGGCUGGCAGGAAUGUUUACUUUAGAAUGUUUAGUGGGCCUUUCUAAGUAUGCUGGAGGUUCUUCCUUUUCUAGAAAAGUUUUUCUCCAUGCCCCUGUGUAUUCUGUGCAUCCCAGGGCUACUUUGGAGACCCAUGGAACGUGUUUGACUUCCUCAUCGUCAUCGGCAGUGUUGUCGAUGUCAUCCUGAGUGAGGUGGAUGUGAGUACACAGAAUAACGGCAGCCAUGUUUGUACACUUAUGCAUGUUGUACAGUAAUAGUAGAUACUGGCCAUGUUCAGUAGGGAACAUUGUAGCAAAACGUCUUGCAACAGUAAAUGUUUCAUAAUGUUUUCUCCCCACUGAACAUGAACCUUAUGUGAUCUUUAUAAGACAUUCCCAUGCAAUGUGAUAUGAUUUCAAAGUGAUGGAUUGUGUUUAUUCAAUUUAUUUACAACUGUGACCCAGAAACACAAACUCCUGGCUCCACAGCAGCAGGCUGUGGGAAGCAGCACUAGUUCACAGCAGGACCUGGUCAGUACCACUGUCAGACACACCCCCUCCACGCCCCACAUAAUCGCCAGCCCCUGCCAUUGGAAUGUGAUGUAAUGUUGCACCAAGGACUAAUAUUCCAUCAUCGGUAUCAUCUCGUCGGGUUGAGUUCAGUGAAGUGAAGCUAUGUUAGGAAAUACUACAGUAUUUUGAACAUCACCUUGUUCACGUCUCUUUUCUCUCCUCUCCUUUCACUUGGUUGAAGCACCAUGUUUAGUUUUUUCUCUCUUCAUCCAACACACUCCUGUGUUUUCUCCACUCUGAACCUCACCCAUCAACAUCUCCAGUUCCCUCACCUCCAUCCACCUGUCUAACACCAUUUCCCUCCUCCUCCUCCUCCUCCUCUCCCUCUCUCUCUCCCCUCUCUCCAGACUGCCUUGGCCUCUAGUGGAGGACUGUACUGUCUCCAUGGUUGUGCUGUAAAUAUCACUUUAAACUGCAUCGGUAUCUGCAUGGGCCUUGCUGUGUGCUGAGCACUGAGCACUGUGAGCACUACUCUAGUUGUCUGUUGCUGUCCUGUGAGGCCCUAGCUAGAUGUGUCCUUACAGAGAGAUUGUGGACCCAGCCCAUGGGGCAUCUUGUUGUACUAGGAGCUAAUUAGACAUUGGGUUAGACAUUGCUUACCAUAUAAUUGUAUCUAAGAUUUGCUCAGUAUUCUAUUGACUUGGUUUGUAACUGUAUGGCUCUUCUCUGAACAUGUAUAUUGCUAACUAACUGAUUAAUGUCAUCAACACAGAAAGUACUGAUGUUUGUGUCUACAUUUACAAUAAGCCUUGAAGACUGGAUGUUUAUUUUUGUAUUUUGCAUGGGUUACCAAGUUCUGAAUGUAUCUAUUAAUAACUGUGUAUCAUAACUUCCCCCACCUAUAGUUUUGUAGAAAUGAAUGACAAUUUAUGCUAAAUCUAUUUUUUUUUGUUACAGUAAUGUGUCUGUUUACUAUCGCAUAGAAAUAUCCACUAACGCAACAUUAAUGUCUGCGGUUAAUAUGAUCUAUCUCUGAUUAUAUUUCAGGAGACAAACCCUAUGCAGGCCAUUGCAGUAAGACAGUAUUUUUUUUGUAUUGUUUUCAAUUAUUAGUCUGACAAAGUUACUCUGUAAUUGUACCAUUGAUAUGAAAAUGAACAUGUGUUUUUAUUCACCUAAAGCAUUCUGAGAAUGCCAGAGUGUCCAUCACGUUCUUCCGUCUGUUCCGUGUGAUGCGUCUGGUCAAACUACUAAACAGGUCAGAGGGCAUCCGCAACCUACUGUGGACCUUCAUCAAGUCCUUCCAGGUCAGUACCAGUCAGUGUUUCCCUAGCCUCAAUUUACAGGCUUCCUCACAUUUGUUCAUAACAGCAGAGUGAUGAACAAAACUUGGGGUAUGGCAACACUAGACCCAAAUGGAAGGUCUAGUCCAACUUGUUGGUUUUGGAGAAAAUUCCUACUGGGUUGCAGCAACCAUGUAUGGAACUGAUGGUAGUUUAAGUAAAUGUAACUGGAUAUCACUGGUUGGGAUGACUCAAUGUGUGUUUGUUCUGCAGGCUCUGCCUUACGUGGCUCUCCUGAUCAUCAUGCUCUUCUUCAUCUACGCAGUCAUCGGGAUGCAGGUCAACUUCUAGGAGUGAACUGAACUAUUAUGAAUCUAUAUUAUAUAAGUACAUACACACUAUGGGUCCACUUACCCUUGGGUCUUCCCUUUCAGGUGUUUGGGAAGAUAGCCUUAGUGGACGGCACACAGAUCAACCGCAACAACAACUUCCAGACAUUCCCCCAAGCUGUCCUGCUGCUUUUCCGGUGAGUCUGUCAGUCAGAGCGAGAGAGUGGAUGAGUCAGGAUGAGUCAGUCAGCCAGAGGUAAGGUCAGAGUUCACACAUACUGUAUAUCCACCACUGAGGUGUCUGUGUGUCUAUGGGAGGGUGCAACAGAACUUUCAGAUAUAAAUAUACUGUGUAAAAACACCAUUCUAUCUGUGAUGUAAUGAUUUGGCCUAUUGAAUACACUAGUUGUGCUACAGGAGAGGCGUGGCUGGAAGAGAUGCUGGCUAGUAUAUACGGGAAGCUGUGUGUUGUCCUAUGGUCAGGUGUAACUGAAUCGUAUGCCCUGUGUAUUCUCCCAACAGUUGUGCAACAGGAGAGGCGUGGCAGGAAGUGAUGGUGGCCAGUAUGUAUGGCAAGAAGUGUGACCCCAAGUCUGACUUCCUACCUGGGGAGGAGUACACCUGUGGGGCCAGCUUCGCUGUCUUCUACUUUAUGUCCUUCUAUAUGCUGUGUGCCUUCCUGGUGAGUAGUCCUUCCUCCUCUCCUCUCCUCUCUUCUCCUCCAGAAAGUAAUUUAUGUUGUUGUCUUAAGUUAUCUUUCUCUCCCAUCUCAGAUUAUCAACUUAUUUGUGGCUGUGAUCAUGGACAACUUUGACUACCUGACACGUGAUUGGUCCAUCCUGGGUCCUCAUCAUCUGGAUGAGUUCAAGAAGAUCUGGGCCGAGUAUGACCCGAAUGCCACGUGAGUCAUCUCUGAACCCAGAUCCAAACUUUGCGCGCGCUGGUCAGCUAUUUAUGUCACGAGAGACUGGUCCUCUGUCAAGAAUGCAGGGACAAUGUCCCAUGGCAUUCCCUUUCAAUCCAAAAUAAGUUAAUGUUGGUAUGAGUUUCACAUGGCAUCUAUAUGUAGUUGAUGUUCUAAGUUUUGGUACCCAAAGCUAAUAUAUAGCUCCUCUCUGUAAAUCAAUGUGUCUAAGUGCAUUUUGUCCUCCUGUCCUGCAGGGGGCGUAUAAAACAUCUGGACGUGGUAACACUAUUACGAAGGAUCCAGCCUCCGCUAGGCUUUGGGAAAUUCUGUCCGCAUCGCUCAGCCUGCAAGGUAAGUCAUGUUAUUUGGAUGAAAUUGAUUGCCAUUUAAAUGGGUGCCAUUGCCAUGUACCAAGUAUAAGGUAAGGUAAAGAACACAACUACAACACAAGAACACAACCACCUGUGCUGACGGAUGUGGUUCUGUGCCUGAUAGAGUGUGUACAGUACAUCUUCUCACUGAUGUCCAUUCUCUCUCAUUCCCCUCUUCUCCCUGACAACAGCGUUUAAUAUCCAUGAACAUGCCCCUGAACAGCGAUGGCACAGUCACCUUCAAUGCCACCCUGUUUGCCCUGGUCAGGACUGCCCUCAAGAUCAAGACUGAAGGUGUCGAAGGUGUCUUGUCUCUAGCACUGCGCCCAUCUCACACCAUAAAUAAUAUACCAUGUUUAUGUUUAUGUGCUUUUAUGUAAUACUUGAUGUAAUACUUUGCUUUUCCUGGCUUAUGUUGACUAGGUAACUUUGAGCAGGCUAAUGAAGAGUUGAGAGCCAUUAUAAAGAAAAUCUGGAAACGCACCAGUAUGAAACUGCUGGACCAGGUCAUCCCACCAAUCGGAGGUGAGCAUUUCACUGUGACCCCUACAUGAACCCUACCUAACUGAAAGUCCAUGUAUAAAAGCCUCUAGAAUGGACCAGCAUGCUGAGAACCCUGGUCAGAAAAGUUGAUCUUAUCUGUUGACUCUUUCAAAUAUCUUUCCUAGGUGACUUUUCAUCUAGCUACCUGUGCCUAUUUUCAUGGCCCUUCGAGCCAGAUUGUGUUUACCAGGGGUGCUUUGACAGAUUUACAUCCACCACGACAUAGGCAGUUGCCUCCGGUAAGCUCUGUUUGGGUUUUGACACUUUGUUUUAUUGGGAUCUGUCCUAGAUGACGAGGUGACGGUGGGAAAAUUCUACGCCACCUUCCUGAUCCAGGAUCAUUUCCGUAAGUUUAUGAAGCGUCAAGAGGAGUACUAUGGCUACCGGCCCACCAAGAAGAGUGCUAAUGGGAGUGCUCCAGAGAUGCAGGUGAGGCCCUUCGCAGUGUUGUACAGCAGGUUUGGGGUCAAUUCGAAUUGAAGACAGUCAAUUCAGGAAGUAAACUGAAUUUCCAAUUCAACAAUUGAAAAAAGGGCAUCUAUUUUCAACUACUUCUCAAUAAACUGAAAAGGAGAAGCUAUUUAUUUAAAGCAUUUGUCUAUUUACAAUGUAAAAUUGAGUGACUUCAAUUCCAAUUGACCCCAACCAACACUGUAAAGCAGUGAUUCUCAACUGGGGGGUCGCGAUUUUAAGGGGUCACGGGACUUGUGCAAGAAUAUAUACAGUUGAAGUCUGAAGUUUACAUACACCUUAGCCAAAUACAUUUAAACUCAGUUUUUCACAAUUCCUGACAUUUAAUCCUAGUAAAAAUUCCCUGUCUUAGGUCAGUUAGGAUCACCACUUUAUUUUAAGAAUGUGAAAUGUCUGAAUAAUAGUAGAGAGAAUGAUUUAUUUCAGCUUUUAUUUCUUUAAUCACAUUCCCAGUGGGUCAGAAGUUUACAUAGACUCAAUUAGUAUUUGGUAGCAUUGCCUUUAUAUUGUUUAACUUUGGUCAAACGUUUCGGGUAGCCUUCCACAAGCUUCCCAAAAUAAGUUGGGUGAAUUUUGGCCCAUUCCUCCUGACAGAGCUGGUGUAACUGAAUCAGGUUUGUAGGCCUCCUUGCUCGCACACGCCUUUUCAGUUCUGCCCACAAAUGUUCUAUAGGAUUGAGGUCAGGGCUUUGUGAUGGCCACUCCAAUACAUUGACUUUGUUGUCUUUAAGCCAUUUUGCCACAACUUUGGAAGUAUGCUUGGGGUCAUUGUCAUUUUGGAAGACCCAUUUGCCACCAAGCUUUAACUUCCUGACUGAUGUCUUGAGAUGUUGCUUCAAUAUAUCCACAUAAUUUUCCUUCCUCAUGAUGCCAUCUAUUUUGUGAAGUGCACCAGUCCCUCCUGCAGCAAAGCACCCCGACAGCAUGAUGCUGCCACCCCCGUGCUUCACGGUUGGGAUGGUGUUCUUCGGCUUGCAAGGUACCCCCUUUUUCCUCCAAACAUAACGAUGGUCAUUAUGGCCAAACAGUAAUAUUUUUGUUUAAUCAGACCAGAGGACAUUUCUCCAAAAAGUAUGAUCUUUGUCCCCAUGUGCAGUUGCAAACCAUAGUCUGGCUUUUUUAUGGCGGUUUUGGAGCAGUGGCUUGCUGAGCGGCCUUUCAGGUUAUGUCGAUAUAGGACUCGUUUUACUGUAGAUAUAGAUACUUGUGUACCUAUUUCCUCCAGCAUCUUCACAAGGUCCUUUGCUGUUGUUCUGUGACUGAUUUGCACUUUUCGCACAAAAGUACGUUCAUCUCUAGGAGACAGAACGCGUCUCCUUCCUGAGCGGUAUGACGGCUGCGUGGUCCCAUGGUGUUUAUACUUGCGUACUAUUGUUUGUACAGAUGAACGUGGUACCUUCAGGCAUUCGGAAAUUGCUCCCAAGGAUGAACCAGACUUGUGGAGGUCUAAGAAUUUUUUUCUGAGGUCUUGGCUGAUUUCUUUUGAUUUUCCCAUGAUGUCAAGCAAAGAGGCACUGAGUUUGACCUCCGAGUUUACCUGUCAACCAUCACCCCAGAAUUCAAUAAACGUAUCAAACUGAAGAAACACCCCCAGCUUUCUCACUGAUAGGCGCCACACACACACACACACACACACACACACACACACACACACACACACACACACACACACACACACACACACACACACACACACACACACACACACACACACACACACUAUGUUGAUCAUUAUUGUUAUUAAAUUCUGACAUUCAUAUUACAUUUUAUUGAAACUAUUCACAUGGUAAUUGAUUAUGAAGAUUUCCUAAUGAUUGUUUUGUUUUCUGUUUUAAACACUGGUAUGUGUUACUGUUCAUUAACAUUAUUGGACUGGUUUUGAUGUCAUGUUCUGAGUCUGAUAAUGUAUUACACCCCACUCCUGAACUGGUCGCCUAAUUAAAUGGCUUAUUCUCUUGAAUUGUCUUGAAUAAUAAAUGUUUUCUCAGUUAAUAUGGCUGUGUAAUUACUUUCUUUAAUACCAUAAUAGUAGCCCAUUGAGACAGAGUCUAUUUUGCAAGUGAACCCUGCCCAAGAAGGCAGCUGCAAUACAACAUUACAAAAUGUAAUCAUCAACAGUCCAUAAUACUGGGUCGAGACUCAAUUAUCAUUGUCAAAUUUGGGUCCCCAGGCAAAACCAGUUGUAAAGGAUCAUUUCUGCACACCAUCUUUAGGCCUCGAUUGUUUACAGUACUUUCCCAAAAAUCAUCCUCAAAUCAUCCUCUGCUUGUCUCGAACAUCUCGACCACUACUUUAAUCUUUCUUUCUCUCAUCCUCUCUUGCUUUUCUUGCAUCUUCUCUCCCUUUCUUUCUCUCCUCACCUUGGUCUUCCUUGUUGUUCUCACCCUCUCUUUUCUCUACCUCCCUCUCUGUUUACCCCCCAUUUCCUCCCUCCCCUCCCCAGGCUGGUCUGAGGAGUAUAGAGGAGGAGGCAGCUCCAGAGCUCCACAGGGCCAUCUCAGGAGACCUGCUGAAUGAGGAGGAGAUGGAAAGAGCCAUGGAGGACUCUCUGGAGGAAGGCAUCUACAGGGUGAGACACCAACGGAGCACUUUACUUUAGUUUAGCCAACUUUAUUAUCCCAUAUGGUUAAUAUAGUUCCAAUGUACCAUAUACAAAAAGGACAUUCAAAACAAUAACAACAUACCAUACUGUAUAUGUACACAUAUUUCAUGUAGCCUGCCGCAGUCUUUAUCUUUCAUCAGAGCAGGGUAGAUAAACAUAUAGAUGUGCCCAGGGUAUGUUAACCCCAGUGUUUGUGUUUGGUUGUCCAGCGCCAGGGCGGUCUGUUCGGGGACCAUUCAGACCCGUUCUCCACAGAAAUCAGCAGUGUCCUGCCCUCCCACAUGGCUAGCCAACGUCCCCUACAUUUAUCAGAGAGCCGCCCCGAGGAGGCUGAGUCGCCCAUCAGUCGCUCAGACUCAGUCUUCCUCCCCAAUACAGAGUUCUUUCCCAUGACCCCCACCAAACACAACAGCAACAACAACGCGUGAGUACCCUCGUCCCCAGGCUAAUUGAGUACUGUUACUGACCCCAAACAAACACAACGCGUGAGUAACAAUACUGACCCCCACCAAACACAAUUAGGGUGAUAGGGUACACUUUGCUUGCUGGUAUGUAUAAGGUACAUGGCUUACCUGAUUAUAUAUAUACACUGCUCAAAAAAAUAAAGGGAACACUUAAACAACACAUCCUAGAUCUGAAUGAAUGAAAUAAUCUUAUUAAAUACUUUUUUCUUUACAUAGUUGAAUGUGCUGACAACAAAAUCACACAAAAAUGAUCAAUGGAAAUCAAAUUUAUCAACCCAUGGAGGUCUGGAUAUGGAGUCACCCUCAAAAUUAAAGUGGAAAAUCACACUACAGGCUGAUCCAACUUUGAUGUAAUGUCCUUAAAACAAGUCAAAAUGAGGCUCAGUAGUGUGUGUGGCCUCCACGUGCCUGUAUGACCUCCCUACAACGCCUGGGCAUGCUCCUGAUGAGGUGGCGGAUGGUCUCCUGAGGGAUCUCCUCCCAGACCUGGGCGAGACAUGAUGUCCCAGAUGUGCUCAAUUGGAUUCAUGUCUGGGGAACGGGCGGGCCAGUCCAUAGCAUCAAUGCCUUCCUCUUGCAGGAACUGCUGACACACUCCAGCCACAUGAGGUCUAGCAUUGUCUUGCAUUAGGAGGAACCCAGGGCCAACCGCACCAGCAUAUGGUCUCACAAGGGGUCUGAGAAUCUCAUCUCGGUACCUAAUGGCAGUCAGGCUACCUCUGGCGAGCACAUGGAGGGCUGUGCGGCCCCCCAAAGAAAUGCCACCCCACACCAUGACUGACCCACCGCCAAACCGGUCAUGCUGGAGAAUGUUGCAGUCAGCAGAACGUUCUACACGGCGUCUCCAGACUCUGUCACGUCUGUCACAUGUGCUCAGUGUGAACCUGCUUUCAUCUGUGAAGAGCACAGGGCGCCAGUGGCGAAUUUGCCAAUCUUGGUGUUCUCUGGCAAAUGCCAAACGUCCUGCACGGUGUUGGGCUGUAAGCACAACCCCCACCUGUGGACGUCGGUCCCUCAUACCACCCUCAUGGAGUCUGUUUCUGACCGUUUGAGCAGACACAUGCACAUUUGUGGCCUGCUGGAGGUCAUUUUGCAGGGCUUUGGCAGUGCUCCUCCUGCUCCCCCUUGCACAAAGGCGGAGGUAGCGGUCCUGCUGCUGGGUUGUUGCCCUCUUACGGCCUCCUCUACGUCUCCUGAUGUACUGGCCUGUCUCCUGGUAGCGCCUCCAUGCUCUGGACACUACGCUGAUAGACACAGCAAACCUUCUUGCCACAGCUCGCAUUGAUGUGCCAUCCUGGAUGAGCUGCACUACCUGAGCCACUUGUGUGGGUUGUAGACUCCGUCUCAUGCUACCACUAGAGUGAAAGCACCGCCAGCAUUCAAAAGUGACCAAAACAUCAGCCAGGAAGCAUAGGAACUGAGAAGUGGUCUGUGGUCACCACCUGUAGAACCACUUCUUUAUUGGGGGUGUCUUGCUAAUUGCCUAUAAUUUCCACCUGUUGUCUAUUCCAUUUGCACAACAGCAUGUUACAUUUAUUGUCAAUCAGUGUUGCUUCCUAAGUGGACAGUUUGAUUUCACAGAAGUGUGAUUGACUUGGAGUUACAUUGUGUUGUUUAAGUGUUCCCUUUAUUUUUUUGAGCAGUGUAUUUUUAAUUUGUAUAGGUUUUCUUAUGAGAGAGAGGAGAGUCCAAAAGUGAGCAGCCACCAUUCCAGAGUGAACACAGAGCGCAGCUCUCCAGGUCAGUUCAACAUCAGCCUAGGCCGGGAUUUAAUCCGUGUACAAGCCGUGUUAUAGCGUGCUUGACAGUCAAAGGUCAUUUCCAAUUGAGCUGACAUGCGUAGCAUUUACUGUGAAUGCGAUCUCCGCGAAAAAUGCUUUAAAAGCCACAUUGUCAGCUGUCUAGUGCGCUAUGAAUUGAAUCCCUGCCCUAGUCACCUAAUCGAUCCUAUUAUCUACUGAUCAUCAUCACUUGCAUGAUAUUUUACAUACUGUUGGAUACUCUUUAGUAAUUCUUGUGUCCUACAAUAACUAUGUUCUUCUUUGUCUGUCCCCUGUAGAUAACAGACACUUACCUGAGAUCAGUGAGAAACCAAUCAGAACAGACAUCACUCAGGUAACAUAAUACACAUCAGAUUGAAGACCCCAUACAACCCAUUUAAACACUGAAUGCCAUAGACCAGGGAUGGGCAACUCCAGUCCUCGGGGGCCUGAGUGGUGACACACGUUUUCCCCAUCCCUAGCAAACACAGCUGAUUUUAAACUAAUUGCAUUCUAAACUGAAGAUCAUGAUUAGUUAAAUAUUGGAGUCAGGCGUGUUAGCUGGGGGCAAAAGUGUGACACCAAUCAGGACCCCGAGGACUGGAGUUUCCCAUCUCGGCCAUAGACAAAAUGGAUUGAAUUUAGCUGAGCCAUGAUUCUAUGGUUCCAUGAAUGUCCCUACUCCUAACUGUAAGUGUUGUCUUUGUUGUUGUAGUUCCCCUAUGACCCCAACUACGGUGAGAGCCAGUCUCUCCCCAGCUGUUCCCAAGCUAAAGGGGAAGCUACAGAGGAAGGUGUAGGAGCCACAGGAGGCUCUGUUUCUGCACCUGCCGCUGACCAGCUGAUCAAAGAGGUACGUUGAUACUGAUUAACAGAUCGUUGUACAAACAAGAGUAUACAAUUAUUUAAACUACAUGUGUAAAUCCAUGUUUUUCCUCUGUGCCAGGUUCCUCCCUCAGACCCUAUGUUUGUAACAGUAAACAACAUAUCAUUGUACGUCUCAUGUUCUUCCUCAGGUCUUAGUGGUUGGUGGUCUUGGCGACCUGGCCAAUGACGAUUCAUUUGUGGUGGUGACUCGUAAUGAAAUGGCUGAGGCGUUGCGCAUGCCCAUGUCCCACUUUGAAGACGUGGCCCUGGGCCUCCUCAACGGGCGCAGCGGCCGUGCCACCUCUGCCACAAGAAAGAAGAGCCCCAUCCCUGUACCCCCCUCCAUCCCCGCCCGGCCCUCUAGGGCUACAGCACUGAAUCCGAAACCCCAGGAGCAGAGAAAGAAGCGCCCAAUCCCCCCCUUUAAACAACACCAGAUGGGGGAAGAGGCAGACACCAAAGUG